AUGGGAUGGAAAUUAGCUGAACAAUGUGGAAGAAAAAUGGUUAAACUAAUGAUUAGAGAUGCACAUUAUAGAAUCAAGAAAUAUCAACAAAUAAUGGACUUUGAAAAAGAGAAACUAGAGAAAAUCCUCAGCCGAGAACACCUUUCAGCAAUGAUCACCGCAAUCGCACUGACAAGUAGUAGACACAGAGAACGUAGACGAAAAGUUCUCAGAACCAAGCUAACCAAAAUCAAAAAACAACAGCCGAACAAUACACCAAUUGAUUGCGUAGUCAAUUUAUCAAAACAGCCGCUGUCAAAAAUGGAACAACAACUACUUCAAAAAGGAUUAAACUACAACACUGAAGACGCCUCGAAAACAGACUUCUUCGCUGCUCUUGAAUCAACACUCAAAUCAUCAAAAUUAAGUGAAGAAACAUAA